CAACAUCAUAUUGAUUAGCCUAACUCUGUAUAUUCACCUCACCAACUACUCUUAUCUAGUUCUUUAUCCUACUAAGAGCACCAAAAUUAACCAAUAAUCAUGACCGAUAAGACCGACCUGGAAUCCAAGGCCGUUGAGGCACCACCACCUCCUCCUCCUCCGGCCACCACCGGGGCGAACCUCUUUACGGUGGAUGUGGCUCUUAGGGUGUUGUUAUUCGCGGCAGCACUAGUUUCAGUCGUUGUCAUGUCCACUGCCAAGCAAACGGAGUUGGCUUCUGUGCCUGGUGUUCCUGGAGUCACAGUUAGCCUCACAGCCAAAUUUAAACACUCCCCUGCCUUCAUAUACUUUGUUGCAGCAUUGUCUGUGGUUGGAUUUUAUAGCAUCAUCACCUCUCUUGCAUCAAUUUCAGUCAUAUUAAAGCCAAAUUAUCAAACCCUGUUCUCCCUCUUAUUUGUCCUUGGGGAUGUGGUGGCGUUAGGGUUGGUAGCCUCGGCCACGGGCACCGCGGGUGGUGUCGCUUAUAUUGGAUUGAAGGGCAACAGUCAUGUUGGAUGGACCAAGGUGUGCAAUGUCUAUGACAAAUUCUGCAGACAUAUAGGGAGUGCCGUUGCGGUUUCAUUGUUUGGUGCUGUUGUGCUUGUUGCGCUUAUUUUCCUCUCUAUUUUCUCCAUUCACAGAAAGAUUGGGAAGUAGAGAUGGAUUUCUGGGCCACAAGCAUGUCAAUCAGUGAUUAUGUAAUGUGUGUGUGUAAUCUGGAAGGUCAUUGUGUUGUGCGGUCUUGUUCUGUAAAUGUUAAUGUAUUUUGUGCAGAUUGUUUAUGUAUUGAAUCAUCAUUUGUGUAUUAUGUAGUUGGAACAGAUGGAGUUUUGUAUGGUGAUAUAUUGUUGUUGGGUGAUGA